CAUUCCUUGACUGACUGUCGUAUUAAUCCAAUAAACAAAACCACCCACCAAAAUGUUCAAGCUGUUCCUGGUCGCCUGCUUCCUCGCCGUAGCUGCCGCCAAGCCCGGCGUGUACUACACAGCUCCCGUGGCCGCGGCCUACACCGCGCCCGUAGCGGCCGCCUACACAGCGCCUGUGGCCUACUCCGCCUACCCCGCGUACUCCGCUUACACCGCUCCUGUCGCCGCUUACUCCGCUUACACAUACGCUUCCCCCUACUCUUACUACCUCCGCCGUCGGUACACCGGCGACCCAGAACACCGUCACGCAAUUUUCGAGAGUCUUCAAGGUCAUCUUCGAAGCGACGUCGUCCCGGCGCACCUGACUGGUUGUGCAGCUACCACUUCAGGUUCCGGCAGCGCGCUCACAAGUGCAUCCCACCGUGUGCCUGGAAGAGAAGCCCCAGCCCCAGCGCAGCAGCCGCCCAGCCGGAAAACUAGCGAGGCAGGUGCAGACUACGGCGGAGGUCUGUACCAUCACGCCUUCCUGUUCGCCUGCUUUCUAGCCGUGGCGGCUGCCAAGCCCGGCGUGUACUACACGGCUCCCGUGGCCGCGGCCUACACCGCGCCCGUAGCGGCCGCCUACACCGCGCCUGUGGCCUACUCCGCCUACCCCGCGUACUCCGCUUACACCGCUCCCUCCUACGACAUCCAUUGUUAUCUUUAUAUCCUCAAACUACACAAACACAUCAAAAUGUUCAAGCUUUUCAUGUUCGCCUGCUUCCUCGCCCUGGCGGCUGCCAAGCCCGGCGUGUACUACACGGCUCCCGUAGCCGCGGCCUACACCGCGCCCGUAGCAGCCGCCUACACCGCGCCUGUGGCCUACUCCGCCUACCCCGCGUACUCCGCUUACACCGCUCCCGUCGCCGCUUACUCUGCUUACACAUACGCUUCCCCAUACUCUUACUACCUUCGUCGUUGAUUGAUAGACGAAUGAUGGUAAAAAUGUGAUAUUACGAUAAUAAAACAUGAUUGGCAAUUAA